AUGCCAAAAGCAACGACAUCGGCAGAGGCUGCUGCGAGCAAUCCCCCUCCCCAAACUAUGAACCUCACAGACCGGACUGCGCCUCGCCAGCUGCGCGCUCAUUCCGCCCAAUUGUCCGACUCCGACCCAACCUCUUCCUCGGGCUCAUCCUCAGAGGAUGAUAGCGAGAGCGAAGACGAAGAGCACUCUGACCAUGCAAUGAACGGCACCGGUACCUCAAACACACGUACAAAUGCCACCGAUUCCUCCUCAUUACCUCACAUCGCUGGUCGCCCCAAACCACGCAUACAUCGCUUGAAAGGCGACUCGGGACUUUUGUCUCGCCUCAACGCCUUCUUACCGCAGAUGAAAGUUGCCAAUGAGGAUUUGGAACGGCAGAUUGCGGCCGGGAAAGCUGGAGAUUUGAUUCUCGAUAAUGCGGAUGAAAGUGGGGAGCAGUAUAUUGAAAUGGAUCUUGGCCUUGGGGUCCUGGAAGAGAAACGGGAUGGGGAGUCCUCGAGUGAAGAUGAGAGCGAGGUUGAAGGGCCUAAUGGUACCAAUGAUGCUGGAAAGAAGUCUCAAGAUAUGAAUGACUCGGAUAUCAUUGGGAAACUCAUGGGAGGCAAGGGCAAGAAAUCAACUACGGACAAGCCCUCUAUUGAGGAGAUGGCCGAGUAG